GAGAAUGACACCACUACAUUACAAAUAUACUUUUACAAUAUAAAAUUACUCUUUAUUAAUCUUGUGCUAUAUAUGGAGAGUAUAUAGUACUAGCAUAUAUUAAUGAUCAUCAUUCAUUUCUUAGUUCUUGUAGCUAUAGGAUUUGCUGGUGGUGAUUCCAAAAUUCUAGGCAUAUUAUAAAUAACUUGUAUAUCAUUCUUUCCUUCACUAAGGUAUAUAUAGUACUUUUCAGUGAAUAUGAAUUCAUAUAUGAAGUUAGAAUUUUAUUGAGUGUGUAAAAUUUCUAAAACUAUGAUUAGUAUAUAUGCAGUUAUCAUGGUUCAUUUCCCAUCUUUUGUAAACGGAUUGGCAAGAACAAUAUCAAUCAAGAAAGAGAAGAAUUUUCAAAAGGAUGAUGCAAGAAAAGCUGUGGAAGAAUUGGCAAAAGAAGCAAGAAAGAAUGAAUUGUUUUUGAGUUCCUCUGGAGUUGUUAGGUCCAACAAGGACAACAGUUUUGUUUCUGUUUUUACACAUAGAGGCCAAAAAGGAGUCAACCAAGAUCGCCUCGUUGUUUGGGAGGAAUUUGGUUGCCAACAAGACAUGAUGUUUUGUGGAGUUUUUGAUGGGCAUGGUCCUUGGGGACAUUUUGUAGCUAAAAGGGUAAGGAAAUUAGUACCAGCCAUUUUGCUAUGCAAUUGGCAAGAAAAUCUUCUGGCUGCAAAAUCAAUUGACCUGAAUUUUAAGAUGGAAGAAGACAAAAAUGUUCAUGGAUUGGACCUAUGGAAACAGUCCUACAUAAAGGCUUUUGCUGCCGUUGACCAAGAUUUGAAGCAGCACACUGGAAUUGAUUCAUUUAGAAGUGGCACUACAGCUUUGACAUUUAUCAAACAGGGUGAAAACCUUAUUAUAGCAAAUGUGGGUGAUUCAAGACUUGUGUUGGCUACAACUUCAGAAGAUGGCACAUUAUUUCCACUUCAGCUUACUACUGACUUCAAACCAAAUUUACCAAAGGAAGCAGAGCGUAUAAAAGAAUCAAAAGGACGUGUAUUUUGUAUGAAAGAUGAACCAGGAGUGUACAGAAUUUGGAUGCCAAACUGUAAAACACCAGGAUUAGCAAUAUCUAGAGCUUUUGGUGAUUAUUGUAUGAAAGAUUAUGGUCUAAUCUCUGUGCCAGAUGUGACACAGAGAAAAAUUACCACUAGGGAUCAAUUUAUCAUCUUAGCUUCAGAUGGGGUGUGGGAUGUGGUAUCAAACCAAGAGGCAGUGAAGAUAGUUUAUACCGCAUCACAUAAAGAAAAAGCAAGUGAAAGGCUUGUGAAGUAUGCUAUGCGUGAAUGGAAAAGAAAGAGAAGUGGUAUUGCUAUGGAUGAUAUGUCAGUAAUUUGCCUCUUCUUUAAUCAACUUCCAGCCACUAAAGUUGUUGAUUAAGAUUAAGAAUGCUUUUGAAGAUCACAUAUUACGCUGACAAUUUCCUUAUUAUAUAAACACAGAUUUGUAGUAUCAACUUGUAAAUUAAAAUGGUAUCUAUAUUAGACUAUUAGUGUUGAGUCUUGAGACUACUAUUUAAAAUGUAAAUGAGACUCCUAAACACAUACACGCACCUAAAUUAAGGGCAAGUCCAAUUGCUAAAAAUUUUCUUUAUUGUUCUAUAAAGUGUGAACCUUUUAAAAUAAGCAAUCUUACAAGUGAUUUUAA